GUCAAUAUUUCGGCUCAGUCAAGUUAUUAAAAAACCGACGGCAACCUUUUAGACGUUAUGUGAAAACUAUUAAUAUCUCUCUGCAUCAGGGGAAAAAAUCUCACUCUAUGCCAAAGCUUGUUCGAGGAAAUCCAAUUCAGGUGGUCGUUAUUUCUCUCGUGGUGUUUGUGUGGAGAGAACCACACACCCACUCCUGAACAAAGACGGCUUUUGCUUGCAUCUUCCAGUGUUUCUUCUGCCAGCAAGUUCAGCAGAGCUGUAGUUCGUCCAGUGCCAGUCCCGAGCCCAGCCAGGAGAAUCCAGACAGUGAGAUGGUGAAGAUGACCAAGUCCAAAACCUUCCAAGCCUACCUGCCCAGUUGCCAUCGUACUUACAGCUGUAUCCACUGCAGGGCGCACCUGGCAAACCACGACGAACUCAUCUCAAAGUCAUUCCAAGGCAGCCAGGGACGGGCAUACCUCUUCAACUCAGUAGUGAACGUGGGUUGUGGGCCGGCGGAGGAGCGGGUUCUUCUGACUGGUUUACACGCCGUGGCAGAUAUUUACUGCGAAAACUGCAAAACCACUCUGGGCUGGAAAUACGAGCAUGCGUUUGAAAGCAGUCAAAAAUACAAAGAGGGCAAGUUCAUCAUCGAACUGGCUCAUAUGAUCAAGGACAACGGCUGGGAGUGACCUACGGGGAAAACAAACAAACAAACAAACAAACAAACAAAAACAUUUCCCCAUUUUGUGACCUUUUUUUGGCUGCUCUGUUACAGACUUGUCAGAGCGACAACAUCACACGUACACACGCACACA